GAAACGUGAUUGUCAUCGAUCACAGUAUUCCCCCAACUGGAGUUCGAAACGAAACCACAACACAAGCAGAGAACAACGACCUUCGUCUCCGCGACUCUCUCUCUCUCUCUCCGCCGUUCACGGCCACCCCUCCGCCGCCGACCACCACGAUUGCCGGUUUGGCUACAAAAGAUUGGAGAAUAUAUGUGUUUGAGGAUUUGGAAGAAGCAGGUUAAUCAUUUUUAAUGUUAUGUGCAUUAUUAAAGCUUGAAGGAUUGAAGAAGAUUAAUUAGAAAUAGAGAAAUGAGUGCAAAGGUUACAUUCAAAUUCAUGAAGGAAUGUUUGAGUCGGAAGCUUAAAUCUGUUGGUGCUCUUGGAGUUGGGGCUUCCAGACAUUACUGUACCGCUUCUUCAUCUUCUACCGCUGAAGCUGCUCCCAAAAUCCCACACUCUUCCAAGAAAGGGAGAUUAUUGACAGGUGCCACAAUAGGCCUACUCAUAUCUGGAGGAGCUUAUGUGAGUACUGUGGAUGAAGCAACUUUCUGUGGUUGGCUGUUCUCAGCAACAAAACUUGUGAAUCCAUUCUUUGCUCUUCUGGAUGCAGAGGUUGCUCACCAAUUAGCUGUUUCAGCUGCUGCUCGUGGAUGGGUUCCUAAGGAGAAAAGGCCAGAUCCAUCAAUAUUAGGACUAGAAGUUUGGGGAAGGAGGUUCACCAAUCCUAUAGGUCUUGCUGCUGGUUUUGAUAAAAAUGCCAAGGCAGUUGAGGGCUUACUUGGGUUAGGUUUUGGUUUUGUGGAAGUUGGCUCUGUAACUCCUGUUCCACAGGAGGGAAAUCCAAAGCCUCGUAUCUUCAGAUUGCGGCAGGAAGGUGCUAUAAUCAAUAGGUGUGGUUUCAAUAGUGAAGGUAUUGUUGCUGUUGCAAAGUCUUUGGGUGCCCAGCAUGGGAAGAGGAAGUUGGAUGAAACUUCUAGCACUUCACCUCCCUCCAGUGAAAAAGUCAAACAUGGAGGGAAAGCUGGUCCUGGAAUACUUGGGGUGAACCUUGGAAAGAAUAAGACAAGUGAAGAUGCAGCUGCAGAUUAUGUUCAAGGGGUUCAUACAUUAUCCCAGUAUGCUGAUUAUUUGGUAAUUAACAUUUCAUCACCUAAUACCCCUGGACUGCGCCAGCUUCAGGGAAGAAAACAAUUGAAGGACCUUGUUAAGAAGGUUCAAGCUGCUCGUGAUGAAAUGCAAUGGGGUGAGGAAGGCCCACCUCCAUUGCUUGUGAAAAUUGCUCCGGAUCUGUCUAAACAGGACCUUGAAGAUAUUGCAGCGGUUGCUCUCGCUCUCCGUGUGGAUGGAUUGAUUAUAUCAAAUACAACCAUUUCAAGACCAGAUCCUGUGAGUAAAAACCCUAUUGCCGAAGAAGCUGGCGGAUUAAGUGGGAAGCCUCUCUUCCCAUUGUCCACCAAUAUCCUGAAGGACAUGUAUGUUCUGACGAAGGGAAAGAUUCCUUUGAUUGGCUGUGGAGGUGUCAGCAGUGGUGAGGAUGCAUACAAGAAGAUACGAGCUGGAGCAAGUCUUGUUCAGCUCUAUACAGCAUUUGCGUAUGGGGGACCUGCCCUUAUACCUGAAAUAAAGGCUGAGCUGGCCAGAUGCUUAGAAAGGGAUGGUUUCAAGUCUGUCUAUGAGGCAGUUGGAGCAGAUUGCCGGUAAUUUUGAUCUAUUCACAUUGCUUUCCAUGUGGGAUCGAGCGGUGACCAUGUUUUAUUAUCCCUAAAAACCACAACAUGGAAGAAGAAUUUUUAUGUAUCUAUGUUAUUUGUUGAGUAAAACUCUCUCUUCAUGGUUCAUCUUUUAUUUAAUUUUUCCCUUAAUUUUUGUUGGGAAGGGAUGUUUUUAAUGUGCGACAUCGGGAGCAAAUUUUGAAGUUAUUCAUCUUGGGAGAAAAUUUUGUAGUUGUUUAUUUUGGUUGGCAUUUUCUUUUUUGCUAAUAUUUAAUGUGACAUAAGAGAUUGAACAUUUGUAGUAGCUAUGUUUGGAUCUCAAAUUUAUUGGUAUAAAUGAAAUGAUGGGAAAAUUAACUAUUGGUAUCCAUUCA